UCCUUUAUGAAUAUCUGUUUUUGUUUAUGUUGUUAAAGUGGUAACAGCAUCCUACCUCAGUCUAGUGAUCUUUAAGAAAAGCACUACAGGUAAGCAUUCUCUAUUGGAGAAAGGGGGCAUCAAGAGAGGGUUUGCAGCAACCAUUAACAAAUGUAAAAGUACAGGGUCCAAGAUCUUCCUUGCUUUUUUUGAAGAGGGCAAUAUCGAUAUUCCUAGUUUACUAUUAUACCCUUAUCAAUUUCGCAAAUAGGCCGACAGAACCUCUUAAAUUUGUUCCAAACAGUGUGUAAAAUAGUAAAUUGACUUUUCUUGUUCUUUAUUGUUUUAGUUUUGGACUAUAGACUAUGAGCCAGUGGGCCUUAUAGCUCUAAACCCAAAGCUCUGUUCUUUGAAUUAGAUCCUGAAUUAGAACUGGGUUAUUCCUCCAGGAUUUCUUGAGUUCAGUCAUAUUAGGCAGCGAAAUGAUUGCUUUUGCUGAAAAAAAAGGGAAAAUUAAGAUUGGUGGAUUGAUUCGUUCUGCUUCAAUCUGUUCAGAAUUCUUAUGUUUGUUUGUCCCAAGCAUUUGAUUUAAAGCAGAAAGUGUCCUAGCAUGGGAUUUUCAUAAACUGGCAAUCCUGUGGAUGUUCUUUUCUGGUGCUGUCUCUUGCAUGCUUGUCGUCUCGUCUUCAAGUGAGGUUGAAAUGAGGGGUCCAUCUCAUUCCCAGCAUUCAGGUGCCAGGAAAUAUAUAGUGAAAUCUUAUUUUGAGAAAUAUGAGAACCUGUGUGAUUCGAGUUUUGAAGAUUUUAUGGCACAUGAACUUUCUUCCAGUUUGUGUCAAGUGUUUCCUGAUAAUCGGAAUCUUGACGUGAGGCUAUCAGUUUUAGAGCACUCUCUGGUUGGUGAAGGUUCGCAUUGUCAUUUAUCUUCAUCUAUCAAAUUGCAGAUUGAGGCAGACUCCAUUCCUAAAUUGCCUGCUCAUUUCUGUGAAGUUAUAAUUAUACAAAGACUGCCCCUGGGUGUUUUUGCUGACCCAUUUGAACUACAACAUCUUCACGAGCGCAAGGUGUUUACAAAUGUAGCUGUUUUUGGAGACACCAACUUAGAAUUGCCUUCAUUUCGGUCCAAUCGAUCUGUUGUUGAAGUCCACAUGGAUGCCGGAUCCAACAUCUUUUCAGAGCAGAAUAACGGAUUGGAAAUGAACAUAGAGCUUCCAUUACAUGCAAGAUAUCAGCCCCUGGAUGAAAGUGGCUAUUCGAUUGUUGAAAUUGGUGAACCUGAUGUACUGUUGAGCUGCAGCAUGGAAGGAAAACAAUAUAAUCAGAGUUGUUUGUUUAUGUCACCCAAUGACAGUGCUAAAUCCAGAAUCGGUGCUGUUGCAUGGAGAAUACCUUCUGGGAUGAAGGCACAUACUGGAUUUGUAUCAGUUGUUACCUUUGUUACAGCCUUCUUAUCAACUCUUUCAAUUGUAGUGACAUCCAUAUUUUGUUCAGGCAUCAAGGUGUCCAAAAACAUGAAACAAUCUUAGCCAACUUCUGUUUCUACGCAAUAAAUUUGUUUUUAUGGGACAGAUAACACGUCUGUCACUUAAAAGACUUUUGACAUCAUUUUUUCUGAGUUUAAUGUC